CGGGGAGGGCCUCGCACUGAGCGCGCGCGCUCUUGGAGUGGGGGGGAGGCAGCGUAAGCGCAGCUCGAAGAAGGGAGAAGGGAGACGGGAGACAGGAGACAGGACAGGGACACGGCGAAGCCGGGAUACCGACGGGACACCGACGGGUCUCCGCAGCGUCCGUCUGCGGCGUGGUUUUAAAGUACAUCACAGAAAUCCGGUAGAGAAGAAUAUUGGUGGAUAAAAAGAACCAGGACUGGAUUCCUGCAGCUGCCCUGAUCCAGGACAGAGGAGGGGAUUUGCUUCGGCCAGAGACAGGAGGCCAUCAUGUGCCCUCCAGCGAUGGAGAGGAUGGGAAAACACACGCUACGUGGAGGCGUCGUGCUUCUUUUCUUCCUGGGCCACACGAUCACGGCUCUGGAAGUACCCCUUGACCCUAAAGUUUUGGAAGAAUUGCCGCAGCCACCUACUAUAACUCACCAGUCGCCAAAGGAUUACAUCAUUGACCCGCGGGAGAACAUCGUGAUCUACUGUGAGGCCAAAGGGAAGCCCCACCCGAGCUUCUCAUGGACCAGGAACGGAACGCACUUCGACAUUGACCGGGACCCCAAGGUGAUCAUGAAGCCAAGCUCUGGGACCCUGGUCAUUGACAUCAGCGGGGAGAAGGCUGAAGCCUAUGAAGGCAUCUACCAGUGCAUGGCUCGGAAUGAGCACGGCACCGCGGUGUCCAACAACAUCGUCAUCCGCCAGUCCAGGUCCCCCUUGUGGGCAAAGGAGAGGAACGAGCCCAUCAUCGUGCAGGAAGGGGUAUCUCUGGUCCUGCCCUGCAGACCCCCGGCUGGGCUCCCACCACCCAUCAUCUUCUGGAUGGACAACAAUUUCCAGAGACUUCCACAGAGCAGUCGAGUUUCGCAGGCCUUGAACGGGGACCUGUACUUCUCCAAUGUGCAGAUGGAGGACACGCGCAGCGACUACAUCUGCUACGCUCGGUUCCCCCACACCCAGACCAUCCAACAAAAGCAGCCCAUCACGGUUAAUGUGCUGAACAUGGAUGCAAUCAAUGAGACAAUGGCAGCUUUUUUGAAUGACACUGAUUUUUUUAGUGACAGUCCUGCCGGAGAGCGUCCCCCGAAAUUAAUGGUGCCGCAUGGCACCACCAGCACAGCGAUGGUCCUGAGGGGAGAGGUUCUGGAGCUCGAGUGCAUCGCCGAGGGCCUGCCAACCCCAGAAAUCACCUGGAGGAAGGAGAGCGGAGAGCUACCCAGCGACCGGGUCUCCUUCCUCAGCUUCCAGAAGACACUGCGGAUUUCCGACGUGACUGAAGCAGAUGCUGGUGGCUACCGCUGCACAGCCAUGAACCGCUUGGGCUCAAUGCACCACAUUAUCACAGUCACAGUCGAAGCUGCUCCCUACUGGAUCAGUGCACCCACGAAUCUCAUUCUGGCCCCCAAGGAGACGGGUGUUCUCAUCUGCAGAGCCAGUGGGAACCCCAAGCCUACAAUAACUUGGUCCAUGAACGGCAUUCCUAUUGAGAACUCACCCACAGACCACAACAGGAAGGUGGAAGACGACAGCAUCAUCUUUACACAUGUUCAGGCUGGAUCCAGCGCUGUUUACCAAUGCAAUGCCUCUAAUGAAUUUGGCUAUCUGCUGGGCAACGCUUUUGUUAAUGUACUAGCGGAGCCACCAAGGAUGCUGACCCCACCAAACAAAAUUUAUCAGGUCAUCACCAACAGUCCUGCCUUGCUGGACUGUGCAAACUUUGGGUCCCCUAUCCCAAAGGUUACAUGGUUCAAGGACAGCCAGACGAGUGUGCUUGACGGGGACCCCUACGUGCAGCACAAGAAUGGUACGCUGGAGAUCCAUGUGGCUCAGAAGGCCAACAGCGGCAAGUACACUUGUGUGGCCAUGAACUCCCUUGGCAAAACGGAGAACUCUGUCCACCUGGAGGUCAAAGAGCCCACCAGGAUCCUCAAGCAACCUGAGUACAAGGUUGCCCAGAGGAACCAGAAUGUGGUUUUUGAGUGCAAGGUGAAGCAUGACCCCACACUCAUUCCCACCAUGAUCUGGCAGAAAGACAACCAAGAGUUGCCGGACGAUGAGAGGUUUGUGGUGGAUGCGGACAGCCUGACCAUCAAUGACGUGACAGAGGUGGAUGCGGGCACCUACACCUGCAUUAUGAACACAACCUUGGACCAGGACUCAGCCAGCGCCAUGCUCACAGUCGUCGAGGCAACUCCGACUCCAGCUAUUGUCUACGAACAACCGGAUCCCCCAACAGACCUGGAGCUCACAGACCCACAGCAGAGGAGUGUCCAGCUAACCUGGGUCUCAGGAGACGAUAACAACAGCCCCAUCCAGAAAUUCAUCAUCCAGUAUGAGGAUGCACUUCACGAACAAGGCGUUUGGCACAACCUGACCGAGGUCCCUGGGACAAAGUCCACGGCCCAGCUGAAACUCUCCCCUUAUGUUCACUACACCUUUAGGGUACUGGCACUCAAUGAGGUGGGCCUGAGCAAGCCCAGCUCCACAUCCCGGCAGUACAAAACUGACCCGGCAGCUCCCGAGGAGAAUCCUUCUGGAGUAGAGGCUGAAGGAACCGAACGUGACAACUUAGUGAUAUCGUGGAAGCCGCUGACCGGCCUGCAGUCCAAUGGGCCGGGACUCCAGUACAAGGUCAUGUGGAGGCAGAAGGAUGUGGAAACGGACUGGAAUUCCGUGAGGGUAGCCAACGUGUCCAAGUUCGUGGUGUCGGGCACGAAGACCUUUGUCCCGUACGAGGUGAAGGUGCAGGCGGUCAAUGACUAUGGGAGCAGUCCAGAACCAGAGGCGGUCCUUGGGUACUCAGGGGAAGACUUCCCUACAGCCCCCCCGCAGGGAGUGAAGGCCCUGGUGAAGAACAGCUCCUUGGCAGAGGUCCAGUGGGUGCCCGUCCCUCAGCCCUUGGUCCAGGGCCGUCUGAAGGGCUAUACGGUCUACUACUGGAGGGAAAGGAGUCUCGAAGCACAAGACCCCCAUGUGGAAGAACAGAAGAACCUGACCUUUAGUGGGAACAGGACCCAUGGAAUGCUCCCUGGACUGCAGCCCUACAGCCUCUACAGCUUCAACGUGAGGGCUGUCAACGGGAAGGGCGAGGGUCCACCAAGCUCCAGUCAGCAGUUUGAGACCCCUGAGGGAGUUCCUGGGAAUCCCGAAUUCGUCAGGGUCACAAACCCCACGCUGGACUCCCUGACCGUGGUGUGGGGGCCUCCCAAAGAGCCCAAUGGUCGCUUGACGGGCUACACUCUCAGAUACCAGCCGAUCAGUAACACAAGUGAGUUGGGCCCAGCGGUGGAGAAGUUCUUCCCAGCCAACGAAACUACUGUCACAUUGCUCAACCUCAAAAACAGUACCCGCUAUAAGUUUUAUAUCAAUGCCAAUACGGUCAUGGGAUCAGGAGCCACAAUAACAGAGGAAGGAGUCACUGUUAUAGACGAAGUCCUUGUGCAUCGCCCUGCAGUAGAUAUGGGCAAAGGGUACACAGAGCUCCCUCAUCCAAUCUCCCCUAUCACACAGUCUCUGCGUCCGCCAUUCCGCAAGGUGCACCCGGUGGGUCCGGCGUUUGGAAACGUUAGCUCGUCCGUGGGAGAGGACGGAGCCGUUCUCAGUUGGGAGUACUGGGGCGCAGAUAAGAAUGUUUAUGUUGAAUACACUGUAGAAAAUAGUAAAGAAGAUUGGAAAAAAGAGUCUGUAAACAGCUCCCAGACUUACCACAUUAAAGGCUUAAAACCCGGGACGUUGUAUAAAGUGCGGGUCGUUGCUAAAGAUCAGUCCGGCAAAACGGUUCACAGUACAGAAGAGCUUUUAAUAAAUGUUCCAGCCAUGGCGAGUCGGCAGGUUGACAUCGCCACGCAAGGCUGGUUCAUCGGACUCAUGUGCGCCAUCGCCCUACUCAUCCUAGUCUUGCUCAUUGCCUGCUUCAUCAAGAGGAACAAAGGCGGCAAGUACCCAGUGAAAGAGAAGGAAGACGCCCAUGCGGAUCCCGAAAUCCAGCCAAUGAAGGAGGAUGACGGGACAUUUGGGGAAUACAGUGACACCGAGGACCAUAAACCUCUGAAAGGGAGCCGCACUCCUUCCAACGGCACGGUAAAGAAAGACGACAGCGACGACAGUCUGGUCGACUACGGCGAAGGCGGGGACGGCCAGUUCAACGAGGACGGCUCCUUCAUCGGCCAGUACAGCGGGAGGAAGGAGAGGGACACGGCCGAGGGCAACGAGAGCUCGGAGGCGCCCUCCCCCGUCAACGCCAUGAACUCCUUCGUGUAAACCCGAACCCGGGCUGCCCCCUCCAUCUCAAAGGCUGUCCCGCUGCACUGUGACCCAACCAUCCCGCGCACAUUACCGUGAAAAAUAAAGUCAACACCUCCAAAACGACAGAGACAGGUGCUGCGAAAGAAAUACUUCGAGGGGGAAAUGAGGAAAACAAGGAGGACGAUGAACGCACCAAAAAAAUGGGCCGAUCGCCUCGUUCCUGGGGGGGGGGGGACGACGACACACCAAGAGGAAAGGAGUGUGGAAUUGCUCUUUUAUUCUUUGCAGGCAUUAUGCAUUUUUUUUUGAACAUGACCAAUUGGCAAUCAAAGCGCAUUUAACAUGCAGUUCGCUCAUCUGCUUCUAAUAUAGUGCAUGGAAGUAAUAGUCGUCAAACACACGUUGUAACACGGAAACAAAACUAGAGUAUAAUGUGGAAGCAGUGACUUCAUUUUGACUUAACGGUGCACAUCUGAAUUUCUGGGUAUGCCUUUAGUUUUUUUUUUCUUCUCGUCAAAGUGUUCUAUCGGUAUCGUAUGAAAAAAGGCUUCAAUGUCUUUGUGGACAUUGUUGUGACACGUGUGAUGUAUAAUGUAUAGCUAUUAUUCUAUGUCUUUUUGCAAGACAGGAGCUGUUUGUAUAUAAUUGCAGAAGAAAUAUAUAGAGACUGGAAACUGAGGAUAUGUGUUCAUGGGUAGGGCGCCGAUCUCAGUGGGAAAAGUACUUAACUAUUGUCACCCUUCUAAUGCACUUGAUUAGACUUUUUCAGGCUUGGCCUUGUACUGUUCCGUUAUUUAUACUGUUAUUUCUCCUGUUUUUUUUUUUUUCGUUUUACUUUUUCACACUGGGUGCGUUUUCCUACCGCGACGGUGCUGACGGACAGAAGUGGAGGCGCUUCGCCGUCGGCGACAGAGCCGCGCGACGCGCACCCCGCAUCUAGGCGCACUCUAUCCGCGCGACACGCUCCCAAGCGCAGAGAUCUGGAGGGUUUAUACAACAGCAGCACGUUUCAGAUUCCUACCUUGUGUGGUCAAAAGAAAGGAAAAAAGGAAUGAAAUACUACCUGAGCUACAGAAUGCAUAGUGGGCCUGCUGCAGUGUUCGAGGACGCUGGUUCCGAGGGUCCCGUCAGUAUAUAGUGCCUUUGUAGAGAACAGUGUUCGCUCAUUUACCGGUAAACUCCUUUGGAGAACAGACGUGUCCAGCAGAGAUCAGGAACAAAAACCGCAAGAAUGUUCCGAAAGAAUGUUUUCUAAGUGCUAGAAAUGCGACACGGUGCGCAGGAGGCGAUUCGCGGCUUAGCUGCCGAAUGAGAAAUGCUGUAACGAUCACGAUAUCGCGUCACACUUGCACAGAUCCCCGUUGCUUUUUCAUGCUACGUUUUCCCCCCUUCGAGCAUCUUAAACCACUGCCAAUGUACUGGUCAACCUACUGCCGUGUUUGGACAAGAGGAGCGUUACCACCGCUCAACCGUAUUCCGCCGGUACGGUGCACGGCCGUGGCCAUGCUAUCAACCGCUUGCUUUGUACUUAUUUAAUGCGUGGUUUUUUUAAAUUUUUUUUUUAUUUUAUUUUAUUUUAAAUGUACGGAAAGCGCAGCUAACAGAUUCACCAAGGGCACGAUUCCGGUCUGGCGACAGCACUGCGGGCCAAAGCAGGGGAAUGUUUUUCAUGUUUUUUUUUCAUAACUUGCAUCAAGUUUUAAGUUGAAGUUUAUGCAUUUUUGUGUAGAUAUUUUGUUAAAUUUGUAAAUACACCCUGAAUGACUGCAGACUCUAGGCCAUAAUGAUAAGCAAGUCUAACCAAUAUAGUACUUCUGUGUAAUGAGCAGACACAGCCAGUGGAGUGGAUUGUAUUGCAUAUUAUCCUCUUUACACUUUAAUUUGCUGUGAACGUAAUAAAAUGUGUAAUACGUAGAAUGGCUGUUCGCAAGAUCAAGCUAAGCUCAGCAACCGGUCUUUAACUCUGAGACGGUGUCAAACUUGUCAUCUGUCGUCACUGUUCGCUCCCGACGGUUCGCGCACCUUUUUACAAAAAUAAACGGCAACAAAAGACGCAGGUCCUCGAAAAUAAUGCGCAGAGCUCAACGGCGAGCAGGUUUCGUUAGAAAAGUGUUUCUUUUUCUUUUUAACGAUGGUACGAUAUGACACUCCGCUUAAUGUAGACGCAAACGUGCAUGAGACACUGCCAAAAUGGAGUACUCAGUAUUACUGCAAAAGAAUUUGUAUUUUAAAAGAAAAUAAAUGUUGAUUUCAGCAUUUCACUAACAAUGUAUUUUACUUUCUCCUUUUAUUUAAGUCUUCAGAGUUUUAAAAUGGAAUUACAGCGGUUUUAAAAUAUAAUUAUGAAUAAAUAAAUAUCAUUG